AUGGGCAUCUCUUUGCUUCUCUGCGCGGCAGCAACUGCCAUUCCAGCCCUGGCCCAGGGCGCAGGCCGCGAGUUAGAGAGAUCUCCCAUGCGAGCUCUGCAGCAACCCGAUGGACACAAUGCUACAAAUUGGCCUUGGAGACCUCUGCCAUGGGGCGAGAUAAACUUCAUCCAUACCACUGAUUCACACGGAUUCCUUGAAGGACAUCUAAAUGAGGUUGAUUACGGUGCCGACUGGGGAGACUUUGUCUCUUUUGUGGAACGCAUGCGUGACAAGGCUGAUCAAUACAACGUUGAUCUUCUGGUCGUGGACACUGGGGACCUUGUGAACGGCAACGGGCUCAGCGAUAUUACAGACCCUGGAGGGCAAGUAUCGAAUAAGUUGUUCAGGAAUGUGGAGUACGACCUACUCACGAUUGGUAACAACGACCUCUACAUCAAUGAGACCACCAAGCAAGUACAAAAAGACAUUGCAAGUAUUUAUGGCGACCGCUAUAUUACCACCAAUGUCGACGUGGUUCUUGAUGGUAAGAACAUCUCCGUCGGACACAGAUACCGCUACUUCACAACCAAACACGGCCUCCGAGUGCUGGCAUUCGGGAUGACAGUUCAAGACUUCCAUCGCCCGGACUUCAUUACUGUUCAAAAUGCCUCCACGGUUUGGAAUAAACCCUGGUUUAAAGAGGCAAUCAGCAAAGAGGCGGAUCUCUAUGUCCUUCUUGGACACGCGGAUGUCGAUGAGCCCUGCCAAUUUGCCAAGCCCACAAAAUACAAUGCGACAGAAAAUCCUAUGAUCUGCAUGAAGGACUGGUUGCGGCAGAACAAACCGGAUAUUCCCGUCCAGAUCUUGGGCGGCCACACACACGCCCGGAAAUUCAAAUGUUACGACGGUGCAUCAUCAGGUCUGGAAUCGGGACGCUACGCAGACACAGUGGGAUGGCUUGCCCUUGGUGACGUGGCAUCAGACACCUGGAAUGGAUCGAAGACGAUCAGCGGAGUUGAUAUGCCCACCAGGACAUGUUCUCCACCCAGUGCCACCAGCAGAGAGGCUGACUCGACGAAAAUCGUUCACCUCGACCGUCGCUACCUCGACUUCAACCGCAAGACCUUUGCGUAUCAUUCCAUAGGAGGAAACGACUGGACUGUCCUUGAUCAACUCGACACCCCUCUCGGACGGAAAACGACUGAUGAUAUCACUAAUGUUCGAAACUACCUGAACCUGACAACGGUGCUUGGCUGCGCUCCCCAGUCAUAUUACAUCUGGGCAGAAAACUUCGACUGUCCGAGCAACAUCUACACCAUGGUCAAAGCGGCUUUAAAUGCAACGGUGAUAUCUGACAGGGAGAACAUUCCGGAAGACUCCCCCAGGCUGAUCCUAAUGGGCACUGGCGGGAUUCGGUAUGAUCUAUUCAAGGGUCCAUUCUCCGUCGGCGAUGCAUACACCGUUAGCCCAUACCCAGAUUCAUUCCGGUUCAUCCCCAAUGUCAAGUACAGCAUCGCUAGUCAACUCCUCACCAAGUUGAACGAAAAGGACCCGUGCCCACCCAAGGACAGUUGCAUAUACAAGCGCCCUUCAUCUUUCCCCGACCCGUACAGUGAGCCUUUCAAUCAGCAGCCACUCAUGGACCCUGAACCGAGCAAACUUAACCCCGGCCACGUGACGGUAGAUGACUUCGGGAACUGCACUAAAGCCGUGGACAGUCCUGAUUGCGGGGACGACACGCAGCACUCGUCACAGAUUGAGUACCAGUGUCUCCCGAAUACUAUUCAAGCCGAGUUCAAUAUCGGCAAGACCCCGCCAGACACGGUCAACCUGGUGUUUGUUAGUGAUCGCGAAACUACCAUCCUUGGUUUAGACAUCAUCAAGGAUGCGGGAUAUGAUAAGUCUGAUGUUGAUGAUUACAUGGAUCCCUCGUUCACAACAAGAGACUUUCUGCAGAAAUAUGCCCAGAUUGCGUGGAAUGAUAACUCUACCGAGUGCGGUAUCGGGCGAUGA